AAAGGGAAAUCAAUCGCUAUAUAACAAAGACGUAAGCACGUAACAAAGACUAAACUACGCAAAACCAUGGUGGGUUCAUCGUCUCCUGCAACUAUUAUUCUCCAAAUCUCGAUUUUCCUUUUCACUUUCCCUCCAACUUUCUGCAACUUUCUUCCCAGCCAAACACUUGUUUUCCCUCUCCAAACCCAGAAUUUCCCUCACCGUCUCUCUGCUGCUUCAUCUUCUUCAGACAAGCUCUCGUUCCAACACAAUGUCUCCCUCACUGUCUCCCUCGCCGCCGGCUCCCCCCCCUCCAUGGUUCUCGACACCGGAAGCGAGCUCUCAUGGCUUCACUGCAAAAAAGCUCCCAACUUGAGAUCCGUUUUCGACCCGGCUCGGUCCUCUUCGUAUUUACCCGUCCCUUGUUCUCGACCCGAUUGCGCGACCCGGACCCGGGAUUUACACAUACCCCCUUCGUGCGACCCAAAGACCAAGCUCUGCCACGUGGCGAUCUCCUACGCCGACGCCUCCUCCAUCGAAGGCAACCUCGCUCGCGAUACGUUCGUAAUCGGGUCCAAGACCCGACCCGGUACGCUGUUCGGGUGCAUGGACUCCGGUUCUAGCUCCACUUCAGAGGAGGACGGGAAAACCACCGGUUUAAUGGGCAUGAACCGGGGCGCGUUGUCGUUCGUUAACCAGAUGGGUCUCUCCAGAUUCUCGUACUGCAUCUCGGGCCUCGACUCGACCGGUGUUUUGAUUCUCGGCGACGCGAGAUUCUCGUGGCUCGGGUCUCUGAAGUACACGCCUCUGGUUCUGGAGACGAGGCCGUUGCCGUACUUCGACCGGGUCGCGUACACGGUCCGAUUGGAAGGAAUCCGGGUCGGGUCGAAAUUGCUUCCUCUACCGAAAUCGGCAUUCGUACCCGAUCAUACCGGGGCCGGUCAGACGAUGGUCGACUCCGGUACACAGUUCACGUUCCUGCUCGGACCGGUUUACACUGCCCUGAGAACCGAAUUUCUCAAACAAACCGAAGGAGUCCUGAGAGUGGUGGACGACCCGAACUUCGUGUUCCAAGGGGCCAUGGACCUCUGCUACCGGGUGGAGUCGGGUCAACCCGAUUACAAAUCGCUGCCCGACGUGAAUUUGAUAUUCAACGGGGCGGAGAUGAGGGUGUCGGGUCAAAAGCUGCUGUACCGGGUAAACGGGUCGGGAGGGAAUAAUCAGGUGUACUGCUUCACAUUUGGGAACUCUGAUCUACUGGGAAUGGAAGCGUUUGUGAUUGGUCAUCAUCACCAACAGAAUCUGUGGAUGGAAUAUGACUUGGCGAAUUCAAGGGUUGGAUUUGCUGAGGUCAAGUGUGAUCUUGCAAGUCAACGGCUCCUGUCGCGAGUUUAGAUUCCGCCUUACGUAAAUAUACUUUUUUUUUUAAUUAUUUAACUUUGAAUUUCUAUAUAUUAGAUUAAAAGUAGGAUGUCCUAAAAGUUGUCGUAUUUUGAUACAUAGGAUUUUUUAUGUCUUA